CAUAACCCACAAACCCACCCCCACUUUCUCUUUUCAUUUUGUUUCUUUCGCAAUUUUCCCAUCAUCAAUCAUAUUCCGCUAAGCAAUCUAGAGAGAGAAAGGGUAGAGAGAGAAAGGUGGACGUUUUUUCUUUUUCAUUGAAGAAAGUCUACAAGGAAGAAAACCCAUUAAGCAGAAAUUAAUCAGAGGAGGUCAGAGAAGGGUCUCCUUCAUAUCAUCCUAGCUUUGACUGUCCCUCUUUGUGGGUUUUUUUCAGGAUUUCAUCUACUCUGCACGUCACCUUGAUUUCAUAGUUGGCCUGAAUUUAAAAGCUCAUAACAGCUGAGGGGAGGGCACUUCAGGUUGUCAUGAGUGGGUUUGAUGAUCAUGGCGCUAUAAUUGGAGAUUGGGCUCCUAGUCCAAGCCCGAGAACAUUUUUCUCAUCAAUGCUGGGUGAUGAUAUUGGCGCAAGAUCAAUUUCAGAACCUCACAUGGAAAAUAAGAACGCCACAUUCUUUCCAGGAUUUGACGAGCAGAUUGUGUCAGGAAAGGCGGAUGAAAAAGACGAGUUACGAGCCGAUGUAGAUGGUGAUCACUUGACGAAAUUAGGUGCAUUUUCUGAGCAGAAAUUGUGCUCACGUGGAGGACUUUCGGAAAGGAUAGCAGCCAGAGCUGGUUUCAAUGCUCCGAGAUUGAAUACGGAAAGUGUCCGAUCUGCUGACCUUUCACUAAACUCGGAUGUACGGUCUCCUUACUUCACAAUUUCCCCUGGUCUUAGUCCAACAGCCCUGCUAGAAUCUCCUGUUUUUCUCUCAAAUUCACUGGUUCAACCAUCUCCAACGACAGGAAAAUUCUCAUUUGUCCCAAAUGGUAGCGGCAGAAGCUCUAUGUUCAUGACAGAGACUUCUGAUAAAAGCAAAGAUAAUUUCCUUGAGGAUAUAAAUAACUCAUCCUUUGCAUUCAAGCCUGUUGCUGAAUCUGUUCCAUCUCUAUUUCUUGGUGCAGCAAGCAAACAAUCCUUUCCCAAUAUUGAGGUUUCUGUUCAGGCAGAUAGUUCUCUUCAGUCUCAAAGAGUUGAACCUGCCAAGGUUCACUCUCAAAAUGGAACCACGCUUCAUCUUCAGGCUGACUUUACUAGAUCAUCCGCAGAGAAAGAUGCCAGGGGUAAUACUAUCAUGUCAGAACCAAGGGCCUCUGACACCGUGGGUGGAAGUGCAGAACAUUCUCCACCACUUGAUGAGCAACACGAGGAGGAAGCGGAUCAAAGAGGCAUUGGAGAUACCAUGGUUGGUGGUGCCCCAUCUGAGGAUGGGUAUAACUGGAGAAAAUAUGGACAGAAACAAGUGAAAGGUAGUGAGUAUCCACGAAGUUAUUACAAGUGCACUCAUCCAAAUUGUCCAGUUAAGAAGAAAGUGGAACGAUCUCAUGAGGGCCAUAUUACAGAGAUCAUAUACAAGGGGGCCCACAACCACUCCAAACCUCAACCCAAUCGCAGAUCAGCCAUUGGAUCCUCAAAUCCACUAAGUGAUAUGCAACUUGACAUGCCUGAUCAAACUGGGGGUCAGAUUGGGGUUGGUGGUGAUCCAAUGUGGGCAACCAUGCAAAAAGGAACUGCUGGUGGAGCCCGUGAUUGGAGGCAGGACAACCUUGAGGUGACAUCGUUAGCAUCAGCGGACCCUGACUACCAUGAUGCAUCCCCUUUGCAAGCUCAGAAUGGCACGCAAUUUGAAUCGGGUGAUGCAGUGGAUGGUUCAUCUACUUUUUCUAAUGAUGAUGAUGAGGAUGACCGUGGGACGCAUGGUAGUGUAUCGUUAGGUUAUGAUGGUGAAGAGGAUGAAUCUGACUCAAAGAGAAGGAAAAUUGAAGCAUAUGCAACAGAGAUGAGUGGGGCCAGCAGAGCUAUUAGGGAGCCUAGAGUAGUGGUCCAAACAACCAGUGAGGUGGAUAUCCUUGAUGAUGGGUAUCGCUGGCGCAAGUACGGGCAGAAAGUUGUGAAAGGAAAUCCAAAUCCAAGGAGUUACUACAAGUGCACCAGUGCAGGCUGCACAGUAAGAAAGCAUGUGGAGAGGGCAUCGCAUGACCUCAAGUCGGUGAUCACUACUUACGAGGGGAAGCACAACCAUGAUGUUCCUGCUGCUCGUAACAACAGUCACCUGAACUCUGGAGGCCAGAGCAGUGGCCCUACCCAGGCCGGUGGUGCUGCAUCUUCUGCUCAAACCCAUCUUCACAGGCCAGAGCCAUCUCAAGUUCCUAACAGCAUGGCAAGGUUCGAAAGGCCUCCCAUGCUCGGUUCAUUUGGGCUGGCUUCAAGGCAGCAGCAGCUAGGACCUUCCCAUGGCUUCUCUUUCGGAAUGAACCAACCAGGGCUGGCCAAUCUGGCAAUGGCAGGGUUUGGUCCCAACCAAGGCAAGUUGCCGGUUCAGUCCUAUUAUUUAGGACAGCAACGUCCGGUGAAUGAAAUGGGGUUCAUGUUGCCAAAAGGAGAACCAAAGUUGGAGCCUCUGUCAGAACCUGGUGUGAACCUCUCCAAUGGAUCAUCUGUUUAUCAUCAAAUUAUGAAUAGGCUGCCUCUUGGACCUCAGAUGUAAUAUUUUUCUUUUAAAGAAAAGAAAGUAGAAAGAUUAACUUCUCUAUAUCUUAAAUGAAUAUUUUUAUGGGUGAUGAAUCUUUGUCAUGAUUCAUUUAAUUUUUUUGGGAGUGACAGCUUUCAAUUUUUAUUCAAA